AUGGAAGAGUCGAGCGCGGCUGCCAUCGCGCGCGGUCCGCACAGGAGAAGGAGCAGCUAUUUUGACGAGCAGCGCGCAUCGUUGCGCUCGUCGCAUUCGCAGUCGCGCCCCAAUUCGCCCUUGGGAACCGACAAUCGGGACCGUAACGUGUCGGCUGCUGACGCUGGGGUGGUUGGUACGGCUCACAGCAGCUUGACCGUGACGCCGCUGCAGGCAGCCGCUGCACGCCGCGACGCUGGUUCCGAUGCUGACACACGUCGCAUGAAGCACCGCCGCGACGCGAGCGACACGACUCAGCGGAGCAAACACUAUCGAGGCACUAGCGAUGUCACCCAGAUCAGCGAACACAGCAAGCAGAGCAGACAUCGCAGCAAUAUCGGCGACAAAUCUCCUCGCAGUAAGAAUUCACGUCAGUCUCACCAGACGACGCCAGAGAAGCCUCCGAAAACACCCAAACGUUCUUACGUAGACGAGUACGCGCUGCCCGCUGAAUACGACAAUCUGAAUGAUGCAGCCGCGCCAUCUCCAGUGACCAACUACGACAUCAACUGCGGUACAACCGCCAAGGCGCGCGUCAAGGUUUGCGACGCAGCUGUAUACGAUCUCUGGCUUACUUUUUAUCCUGGAGCCCCGGUCAUCUUCAGUGAGCUUUGGGCUAACGUUGGUGGCACGCUGAUCAUGGGUUUCCUUGCUGAGGACCGUAACCUGUUCCGCGAAGAAUGGGGAACCCCCGCCUUCUUCCCCGCUACCAAGUCUCGUGGAGGCGAUGAAGAGAUGGCGAAGCUGUUGAGCGAAGCGAAGUUUGCGCACGGGAGAGUGAAGAAAACUAUCCCGCUGUACAUCGGCCUUGCGACAGGCUUCUGUGGCUCUUUUACCUCCUUCUCCUCGUUCAUUCGUGACGUUUUCCUCGCACUUUCAAACGAUCUCCCGGCGCCAUUCAACCACCCUUACCCUUCUGGAGCCACGCGUCCCGGCCACGGCACGACUGUAUCACGCAAUGGCGGCUACAGCUUCAUGGCCAUUAUUGCCGUAAUUGCCACCACUGUCGGCCUCUGCCUCUCCGCCUACACCUUCGGCGCACACUUGGCCCUCGCCCUGGAGCCGGUCACGCCGACCCUGCCCUUCCGCUUCACCCGCCGCUUCCUCGACCGCGCCGUCGUCGCCAUCGCCUGGCUCGCCUGGCUCGGAGCCAUCUUCAUGACCAUCUGGCCGCCCGACCGCCCGGGCGGCCCACAGGCUUCAUCGUCUUCGUCCAGCUGGGACGACGAAACGUGGCGCGGCCAGGCGCUGUUCGCGUGCGUCUUCGCGCCGCUGGGCUGCCUGCUGCGCUUCUACGCCAGCAUCAAGCUCAACGGCCUCAUCCCGUCCUUCCCGCUCGGCACUUUCGCCGUCAACAUCUUCGGCACGGCUGUCCUGGGCAUGGCGUUCGACCUGCAGCACGUGCCGCUGGACAAUUACAGCAGCCGCGCCGCGAGCAUGGUGGGCGGCGGCAGGCUCGGGUGCCAGGUGCUGGAGGGUGUCAUGGACGGCUUCUGCGGCUGCUUGACGACGGUGUCGACGUGGAUCGCGGAGUUGACGAGCCUCGGUAGGCUGAGGAAUGCGUAUUUUUACGGUUUGACGAGUGUUGCGGUAGGGUUGGCGCUGUUGGUCGUGGUUAUGGGGAGUGUGAGGUGGACGAUUGGGUUUGAUGCGGUGGCGUGCGCGACGACGAGGUGGUCGUGA